UUCAAAAAAAAAGAAAGAAAAAAAAAAAAACAGACCUCAGUUCCGCUUCCCAAAUAACAACAUGGGCCUGCAGUCCGUCUGCAGGCUUUUCCGUCGUUCUCUACAAGACAUGCGCAGUAUGCAAUAAAUUUCGCGCGAAAGACAGAUUUUGGAAAGCCACAGUGAAUUCGACUUGUACCAGCCAAAUAUUGAUAUUUUUAUUGCUGUUUAUGGCAUUACAUCCGUGUGAUCCUUUCACAUAAUGAUAGAAGGUUGCAUAGUGGCGAAGUUGGUACUUGGUUACUUGAAACAAGAAGGACUUUACAGAACAUGCUCUGCUUUCCAGGACGAAUGUUCUCUUUUCCAUGACAACAACAAGGAACUGGACAAUGUCUUCCUAACAGCUGACCUGAAGACGAUCUUGGAUGACUAUUCCCAGUUGAGAGAAUCAGGAAGAGAAAACGGCGUGCCAAGUAGUACUGCUGUCUUAAAGUCUCUUUGGAAGGAUUUAGAUGUAGUGAUUGGACAACUGAAAUAUGCCACCAUACCAUCAAACACACCAAAGCCAUCUAUGAGUCAGUCCACACGCACUAGGCGGUUUAACAAUGCCCGUGCAAGAAGAAAGAUGUUGCCCAGAACGCAAGAAAAUCUUACAACUGCAACAUCAAGUCCUUCCACUACUCAGCAUCCUAUUAGACCUAAUGUAAAUAAUACAACAGAAAAACUGCCACUACCAAGGCUCUCAACUGUUAAUUCACCACCAGAUCUGCUCAAAUCAUCAAGUAAAAAUCACUCUCCAGUUCUUCAGUUUACAAGUACUAGUAGAGUAGCGCUAAAUGGUAUUCAGUCGACUACCAACAAUGAACCUGUAACUGUACACAGAACCCCAAGUACUGUACGAUCUAUUGGGUCUGCUGUGGCAAUCACUAGUCCAUGUGUUAGUAGAGGAGGCCAGGUAGCCAAAACAUCAAUUGAUGUAACUUCAAGAGUUUUUAGUAUUGGUAAUAGCAACAGUGAACUUGCUAGAAAUGGUGACAUUACUGAAGACAUGUUUGAUGGGAUGGAUGAUGGAAGUGUGCUUAAUGAUCAAGACUUCAGUGAUAGGAGAACAGAGAACAAGUCUCCUCCUGUGAUUGCUAUAGACGACAAUGAAAGAAUCAAAGAGCAGGUAGUGCUUACAGUGGAAGAACAUUCACUAUCUCAUUCUCAUCAGAACCAAAGUGAAUUACAUCCACGAUCACCAAAACGAAAAGGAAUUCAGCCUAAGAAAAGAAUUCCUCAAGGAGCAACUGGCAUGUCAACAGUCAAUGACUCACCUGUCAAGCUGGUUCCAGAGUCUGCUGAGGUUGAAAUGGACCUCAUUUGUUCAUCUGAUUCUUUAACUCCACAAUCAUUCCUUGGCACAUUACUCAGCACUCCUCUGUUGCAUGAGAGACUGGCAGAAAAUAUCAACAAAGUAGUUGGGAGCACUCGACAGCAUCCUGUUAGUGAUGAGCCCCCCUCUGACACCACGCAGAGCUUGACAACAACAGAGGCCAGCAGUGACGACAUGUUAAUGGCAUCAAAUCAGGGUGCUGGAGGUGAUAUUCCUGUGAAAGAAAUCAUGGAUCUUAUGCAGGGAGACCCAGCAUUUGAUGUACUAUUCUCAUUCUUUGGACUUGAUGCUCUAGAUGCUUUACCUUCAGCCGCAAAUUCCACAGCAGACUCAAAUGCCAGUACAGUGUUGCCAGAGACCUCUGCUGGAUCAUGCCAGCCUGAAAAAUCUACUUCUUGUGUUUCUUCCUCUGGUAUUAACCUUGCUGCAGAUAGUCUUGAAGCCCCGCCAUUUCCCGAGGAGUGUGACUCUGUUUCAGGAACAGAGAUCACCCCCAUGCUGCCAACAGCAUCAGACCAGCAGCUGGAAACUCCAAGGUCUUCAUCUGCCUCUGAUUUGCACUUGUCAGCUACCAGUAUUGUGACAGAUGCGUUGCUGUUACUGGCAGGAAGCCCUCAGAAAAUUCCCCCUCAUUCACAAUCACAGCUGGAUCGUUCUGCAAGUGUACUAACCUCGGGGAAGCGAAAUCCAGUAACCCCGCCAAAGAAAACACAUUCUGUUCAAGAACAGUCUGCAAAUGACAAACAACCCCGUGUGGAUUCCUUACCCAGCAAGGCUGGUCUUAUCACAUCAACGUUUCCUUAUGUACGAGCACUUGAUUUUAAUAUAGACAAGGGACUGGAACCAGUUAAGAGAGGUCCAAGGAAAGGGAGCAAGAGUAAGAAGGGAGCCAAGCAGAAAACUGUAACGGAUCAACAAAGCAAAGCACCAUUAACCAAGAAAGGAGGAGGGGGCAACAAGAGACAUUUGGAAGCCAGUAAAUCAACACCAUCAUCUAACGCUGCUGUAGGUUACAGAAAUACGCAAGCUGUGUCACCCUCAACUAUUGCUACAAACGUUUAUUCAGGCAUUGGUCCACCAUUGCCCAACUGUGACAGUGCAUUCAACCACUCAAGUAACACCAUCCCCUCCCCUGUUAGUUUUGUGGUCCCAAGAGCUUGCCACAACACUCAACCUUACAAUGUGGUCAGCUGCGGCACUUUACCAACUCGUUCACCUAUCAGUGAAUGUAGUCAGACCACCACACCAUCUACGUUGCCUGGUAACCUGGUCAGACCAUCUGCUGGACCUGUGCCGCAAACAGUCACUUGCACCAAUCCAAGUUUGGACCCUUCCACUUCACUUGUCACGCUUGUCAACUCACUUAAUUACCCCGUCAAUUUCACCAGUGCAGUUACGAGCCACCCUUCGUCACCUUGCAAUAAUACCAGCUUGGGGAAUUGUCCUGUCCCGGUCAAUCACAACCACUCAUCUUGUAUGACCUCUGCCGCUGUCAACUUUUCCACUCGUGGUUCAGUUCAGGUCUUGUCACCUUUCAUUCCUAGCAGUGCAGGUUCUGUUUUCACCCCGGUUCCUGGUAAUCUCACACCCCAACACACAACUGUCGCCCCUUCAGCUGGCGGUUUAAUGAACCCAAUCGCAUGCCCAAUUCCCUCUCCAUCUGUCAAUCUUGCCAUUGGAGCCAAUAGUAAUCCCGCAUUCCCUGCCAGCCUCGCCGUUUCAAGUUUAUCAUUAACAGGAUCUACUCAAGCUGUUAUCCCUGGCCAUUUCACAGACUCAUCGGUGGUCAGUUCAACCACCAGCUCUAGUAAUUCGCAAACUAGUCAAGAACAGAAUGCCCGCGAAUCAACUGGAACGCGAACCUCAUCUACUGAUGCAGUUGUCACGCAGGCAACUGACGCAGUUGUCACGCCGGCAAUUGACUCAGGUGUCACGCAGGCACCUGUAAGCUCAUUAUCCCUGCAAGCUUCUAAUCUGUUGCAGUCACUAGCAGUACAGCAUGCAAACACAGAGAAGAACGAACCACGAAAUGUAGCAUCUAUUCAAAGCGUAACCCAGCUCAGGAAAGAAAACGCUCAAAGUUUUGAAAAAAUCACUGCUCUCUCAAAUUCAGAGUUAGUGCGUGGACAGCAACCUCUAAAGGACAAGUCUAAACAGAAUGUGAAUUUAUCUAAAGACAGCGCGAUAAUUCUCGGUGAAAAGCACAAGGAUGACAUUUCUUUGGUUUGUAAGUCACCCAGCACUGGGCCAUUAGAGAAGGGCUGGAGGGACAAUCCAACUGUUUCAGGAUGUUUGCCGAAAUCGCCGGAAAACAAGAAUGGAGGUACCACUACUUUGGUAAUCAUGAAUCAGGGAUGUAGGGAGCCGAUGAAGGAAAAUUCCGCAGGCUUCUCACAAACACGAACGAGUAGCGAGACAGAAGCACAAGGGUCGCCAAAGCCAAGAAGGAAAAGGCGAAGAGAUUCAUUGCAAAAGGAAAAGGAAAAGAAGACCAAAUCGUCAUCUCGACCUUCGAAGAGAUCCAAGACCAAAGCGGACAGCAUCAAUUUCCCUUCAGAUCUUAAUGUUGAAGAAUUUUUAAACAAGCUUCACUAUGAAGUAAAAUAGAUUUAUUUCAUUCAGAUGAUAGGAUUGAAAUUACAAAUUGAAACUUUUACAACAAAAUAUGUAAAUACAAAGAAGAGAUCUAUUUUUAUUGCGCCAUUUUCAAAGUAGAAUAUAUUACACUAUGUGUGACAAAACAUUACGGAUCUUUCAAGACUAAUUUUGGGGAAGAUCUUUUAAAAAGAGUUGUUGAAGUGUGUUUGUGAGAGCUCUUUCACAGUCGUUGGUAGAAGUUUAUAGCCUCGGCAGUACUCUCGUUCCCAGAUCUCUCGUUUGCUCAUCCACAAGAGACUUGGAAACGAGACUUUCUCGUCAGUUCUCAUUUACACUAGAAUCUAUUUUGAAAAUCGAAAGAAUUUGAACAGGCCGCCGCCGUAUUCGUAUUCUGGAUAUUGGACUGGAACCAGCUUGUAACUGAAGCUAAUGUGGGGAGCCUUUUUCAAAUGCAAAUAACGUUAAUCUCUUUUUAAUGAUAUUCUCCCGUAUGAACCUCCAUUGCAAGCUCGUUCCAGUACAGUGCCAAGAAUACGAAUAUGGCCUGUUGGCUGAGGUCCACUCUAGCCCAUGUGACCGCGUUGGAGUGGUUUUGGCUUCAAGCAAAAAGGCAAAGAUAAGCAGAAACCAGAGCGGAUAAAGGGCAAAAGAGUAUUCCCAUGGUAAUCCAUCUCAAAUUAUUCUUUAGCUAUGGUGUCCUUUCCAGUCGUUCCGCGAAUAAUGUCAGCUUAUCCGCGUCACGGGAUUGGAUUGCUUCUAGACAACCCUGGUAUUUCUGAAGUCGGAUGCGAUCUAAAAAUCACUUGAGAGAGAUUACCUUGGGAAUAACGCUUAAUAAGGACUAUUAACUCUUACUCUUCACCCUCUUGGUAGAAAUCACUGAUGAUGGUGAAAUGGUAGUAAACGUGUCGUUGCAGUUGUCUUCCUUAACAUAGGAGAUGUUUUUCAUGUUGUACUGUACCUGUUUGGUGGUUGUCACACGUUCCAGUUAGCCAGUUCUACAUGUAAAAUCGUUUUUAAAAGUUCUUUUGCAAUUUUAAAACAAUAAAACUUGUUUAAGUAA